AUGGCAAUCGCUCCUUGGAUAUCGCCGAACUGUACUCUUGCAUUCUUGGAUGCAGCAAACGAUGAUCGUGUAGUUGGUACUGUUCUUUAUAUCCCCAACAACUCAACAAGCAAACUGCCGAUGGGAAAUGGUACUAUAUGGAAGUUGGACGAGGACGAUACUUGGAAGUUGAACCACCCAUUUCCGGUAUAUGCUAUUCCUGGAGCAUACGGAAAGCAACUAGUAAAUGAAAUCUCCCUAUAUUCUGGAAAUUUGUCAUCUGUACCACAUGGAGAUGCACUUAGCAGCGAAUACGGUCCGAACGCACGCGCAAGGAUUUUUGCCCGGGUUGAUGUCGGUAAGGGAACUCUGUCGUUUAUGUCCCGAGCUGAAUAUAUUUACUCACAUCCUCCUAGCACGAGGCCGGAGUUUGAUGCCAAACCUGUGGAUAUUUCUUCUGGCAGUUCUCGGAGGGAGGUGGAUUUGGAGAUGCUGGGCAUCAAAAGAAUGACUGUUCCUCAGCAUAUCCUCGACAAAAUGCCCCUUUACACUUACUCUAAUGACGGGAAUAUUAUGACUCCUGCACCAGCCGUCACAACGGUCUCACAAAACAUUGACCAAGCACCGUCACCUACCACUCCAGAUAGCAAGAAGCCUGCUGCUAUACGGAGCUUUGUUUCGCACCUGUUUGGUAACUCUCGAGGGUCUACUACACUUGCGCAAGCCAAAGGAGGAAAAAGAACGGAUGCUCGGACUCAAGCUUUGCCUUCCAAUCAGGAUGUCGGCCAACUCACAUUCUCGCAGUGCACAUGCCCCAUUUGUCUCGAAGAUUAUGUCUCUGGAGAAACUACUGUUCGGGAACUUCCAUGUCGACACUUAUUCCAUCCAGGGUGUAUUGAUACGUUCCUACUGCAAAAUAGCAGUUUAUGUCCGGUGUGCAAGAUCAGUGUCCUUCCAGUUGGGUAUUUUCCGGAAACGGUAACAAACUUGAUGGUUCGUCAAGAACGACUUGCCAGAAGAAUACAAGAAGAACGGGAGCGACAACGAACCAAUCCGAGGAAUAAUACACCGAAUAUUCCGUUAAUCAAUCUUCCACAAAACUUGCGCAAUAAUACGGCGGAUAGUACAGAGCGGCAAGAGGCAAUGCGUCAGAGAGCAGUUGCUAUGCUCGGUAACGAAAGGAUGGCCGAAGAUGAAGAGCGAGAACGAGCUGCUGCCAGGCCAAAAUGUAAGAGCUUAAGUUUCCAUUCUUAUCAUUCAUGCUCUCCCUUUCCUUCCUCAUCCUGUCAGAAUCUAACUUUCUUGAUUAGGGCUUAA